CGCGCUGCCCGCGCUUUCCCCAGCUCAGCGGGAGUUUGCCGCCGGAACCGCUGAAAGGGCCGACGGAUGAAUGAGCCUCCCACCGGGCUGGGGGGCCCCGGGGCCUCGCGGGCCUGAGAAUCUCGCGGACGCUCCCCGCAGCCUGGGGCGCGCCGGGUCCUUCCCGCGAGACGUGGGGCGCGGGGCUCCCCUGGCUCCUGGCUCCCGGAAUCCCGCGGCGACUGCGGGGGCGAGCGGAAGCCAGGGCGGCGCUCCCGAGAACCACCCGGUGGCGGAGAACCUGGACUGUGAGCCCUGGGUCAGAGAGAAAGUGCUCUUUCUUCUGCACCCAGAGAGAUGGUUGGGGACUCCAGGGGACCCUGCGCGGGAAGAAGCGGCCGGUGAGGAGGACUUCUUCCAGGCGACCGGAGACUACCGGGAACCCAACUGCCCUUCCCUCUUUCCGGGAAAAAAGGGAAUUUCUGGCAGCCGUGUAGACGCUCCGUUCGGAGCCCCGCCGCAGGACCCCGCAGCCCCGCCCAAGUCCGUGCUCGUGCGGAUCGUGGACUAUCAGGUAACAGAGGAAGUCCUGUGGACCGCCUGGACGCAGGGCCGCAUGACCAGGCGCACGGAGGAGCACUCCAUGACCGCGAUCACGUUUCGCACCAACAGGGAAUGAAGCCGGCUGUGGGGCGCCAGGCCCCCCGAGAACCCCGGGCUCUCUCCCCUGGGGGGGGAGGCACCCCGCGUCCACGCUGCGGAGAGGUCACUUCGCGGUCCCCGAGGACUUGAUUGCCCGAGGAUAUGAAACAGGAAAGGAGAGCCUGAGGAAUGUUGCGAGCAGGUGGUUGAGCAAUAAUCCUUAAGAAAAGAAAAAUUCUCUCCUGGGAACGCCAGCCUGUAGUUAUCCAACGGAAGGACUGUUUGAAAGACUGAGGCAGCGCUUCUGGGAGGCGGAUGUUACUCCACACAGAAUGAAGAACAGUGAGCAACAUAAUACCUCCUUUGUGUCUUAAAUACUGUGACGGCCUGGGGACCUAAGUCAUUUAGAAGAGGGGCAGGAAAGGUAUUUUCAGAUUGGUAAAAUGUGAGCCUUUUGAAAUAAGAAAAUGCUUUUGUUAAGUCUCAUUUUGCAAUACAUCUCAAUUGAUCUCUUUGCUGCCUCCGUGAUCUCUCUAAGAACUAAAACCAGAAGUGCAGUUUGAGGUCUGCCCCCUAAAGGGGGUGGGAGUAGAAGAGGAGAGCGGCUUCUUUUAAAGCUGAAAAAUAAAGUAAAAAGAAAUGGGAAAAUUAAAGUACCAAGUAAACAAAAUAUUUUCUUUUUACUUUCUUCUGAUGUGCACAUUUUUCUUUUUUAUUUCAUUAAGUGUUAGGGAAAAAAAACAAAACUAGGAAAAGAAGAGGGAGAACAGAAGGCCCAGCUUUGAAGAGCUUGAAAUGUCCUCAGAUAUCAUCUGAUCCUCUUGCCUCCUGGCAGACAAGAUAGAGGCAGAGUGUGAGCAGAGGAGGGGCAGUGAGUGAGGGAGACAGACCGGAAGCAGGCUCCAGGCUCUGAGCUGUCAUCACAGAUCCCAAUGUGGAACUUGAACUUAUGAACUGUGAGAUCAUGACCUGAGCCGAAGUCAGCCACUUAACCAACUGAGCCACCCAAGUGCCCCUAAAAUAAAGGUUAUUUUUAAAGCACUUGCCAGCCUUCUUGUUGACUGCCUACAAUGCGCUUACAGAUUUUCUAAUUAAACCAAAGUCUCCCUGAUACGAAGUAGUAAGUUGAAGCACUGUUGAAUUAGCUGCACAGGUUUUCAAUAUCCAAACAGAACCCUCUUGAGUGAGGAGCCUGAGUCUUUUCCCAUUCACAGUGUCCUGGGAGUGAAUCCAAAGUGAAAUUUGAGCAUUCUCAAUACUAAGAAAUCUCUGCGAAUGGCUGGGUGUUGGCUGUUUGGUCUUACCACCACCUUGCUGGAAAAUAUGAUCAUCUAUAAUUGUCUCAGGUGGAUGAAUCAUAGCAAGGACUUCCAGAAGCCCCGUGGCCACUCAAGUGACCAUAAGGCAAAUAUCACAUAAGUUCCAUCAGGCAAGUGUUGGCCUGUCUUAAAACCUUUGUCCCCAUUAGGCAAGUGUUGUCCUCUCUUAAAACCUUUGUCUACAUCCUUCGCCAACUUUGAGAUGCAUUACAUUUGACUUGCUGUUCUUAUUCUUGUUCUUUAUCACCAAUACUUUAUGUGCCUUUUUGCUUAUAAAAAGGAGAAAGAAAGACAAAUCUUCCUGUUAAAAGAAGUUAUAUUCACUGCAGAAAAGUUUGAGGAAAUAGUUUGCAAGGAAAAAGAAAACUGGAGUAAAAGGAAACAAAAAUUCACCCAUGACCCCAAAUCUGUUCAUAUCUGAUACAUUUCCAGUCUUGUUUUAUUUACUUUAUUUUUUAUGUGUAUAUCCAUACCUACAGAACUAUACUUUUCUUGGCAUAAGCAAUUAUAAAAUCUGAGUAUUGUCAAUUACAUAAACUAAGAUAUAGUGAUGCUAUUCAGGGUGAACCAGAAGCAUGGGCAUCUCUAAGAAUAUUUUUUUUUUAGACCUGGAGAAUCUCGGGCCCCAGUCUAAAUAUUUAAUCACAAUUUGUAUUCCCACAAGACCACUGGGUGGCUCACAUUAAAGUUUGAGAAGUACUGAUAUAUAUGCUGUAUGUAGUUCUGUGUCCUACUUUGUCACAAAAACCAAAACGUUUUCAUUUUCUCUCUAUUCCCCAUUAACAAUUGUUAACAAUGCCAUGGAAAUAACACUUUGUAGAAUUACAAAGGCAUUUAGAGAUUACAAAAGAGUGAGGUAUAUAUUGAUUCGUGAAUUGGCAAGGAGAUCUCUAAAAAUCUGUGGUUUUUUUUAAAGAGUCAUUAGUCUAGAGGUUUUCAUAAUGAAACAUUGAUUAUUAGAGUUCAGAAAUGUGGUUCUUUUAUUACCUAAGAAUGUGAGACAGUACUUAAAAAACCCCUUAAGGGAGGAAGGGCAGGAAGUCAUUAAGGAAAACACAAUUUCAACACUUCUACAGGCUGAGUCAGGUCUCCUGUUAAUGAAUUGCAAGGGGUUGGGGAGGAAGGUGGAGCCUCAAUUUGAAUCCACGAAUCAGUGAUUCAGAUAAGAAAACAAAGGCCUUGACUCUUGAACACCCUGAUUUGUUUAGAACUCUAGUGGGUACUUUGCUCUUUAAUUAAGGAGGGCAAAUCUUUGUAACUUCUCCAGAUGAAGAUAAGAGGUGACACAGUACUGUUUACUUUGGAAAGAGUAAGAAGUUAUAAUCCAUUCUUAGGCACUGUUCUGCCAAUAGUGACCAACGAAACGUUAGACUUGCUUGCUUUGAGGCUUGGAAUUAACUUUAAAUUCAAACUCAGAUUUCAAAGUGUUAUGAUAGAAUGAAUACUUUUGGGGAGACUGCAGCCUUUGCAAAACUGGACGGGCAGACGUUCUUUAUUUAGAGUUCGGUGUAGGAAAGGAAUUAGCCCGCCUCACUUGGCACUGGGCAGGGAAGCAAAGACAGGCAAGGCAGUGGGAAUGCUUUACAGUAACCACCAUGACCUUAA